AUGACCAGAACUAUCCCCAUCGAGCGUCUCGAGAGCAUCGUACCGUAUGCAGCGGAUCACCCUUUCCCGCUCGAGAGCCUGCCAUGGACGGUCUUUUCUACGACAGACAAUCCAGUCCGAAGAUGCGCCGUUCGCAUCGCAGACCAGUUGGUCGACUUGGUGCAACUGAGCAACAAAGCGCCAAGUGCUUUCUCAGAGCAGCCUGUGAGCGCUGAGUGCGCCAGCUCGCUCUUUUCGCAGCCAACACUCAACGCGUAUCUCGCUCAAUCACGCCAGGUACAUAAAACAUUCCGUAGAUUUCUUCAAACUGUCUUGAGCUCAGACUCAUCCAUCUUUAAAUCGCAGCCGCAGUUGCUGAAUGACAUUCUGGUUUUAGUCGAGAAAGCCACCCUGCACCUUCCCAUUCAAGUAGGAGACUACACCGACUUUUGCGCGUCAAAGUAUCACUGUACUUCCACCGGGCGACUGAUGUUCACACGUCCUCUCGAAGAUCAGUGGUAUCAGCUUCCCAUUGAUUAUCAUGGACGUUCCUCCUCGCUGGUUGCUUCAGGCACAAGCUUCCGGCGUCCUCGGGGCAUCUUCCGCACAGAGCCUGGUUCUUCGGUAGUCGAAUUUGGCGCUUCUAGAAGAAUGGACUUUGAGCUCGAGGUGGCCUGUGUCGUUGGUGGCGGUGGCACAGAACACUCGGAAGAUCUAAACCAACUCGGCCGACCGGUUGAGCUCGAGCGUGCCGAAGAGCUCAUCUUUGGCAUGAUGCUCAUGAAUGACUGGUCGGCCCGUGAUAUUCAGAGCUAUGAGAUGACCCCUCUCGAACCUUUCACAAGCAAGAACUUUGCUACCACUCUUUCAUCGUACAUAGUCGAGCUAGCGGCUCUGGAGCCUUUCCGUGUCGCAUCACCGGCGGUCGAACACAGGCUGUUUGCAUACCUCGAUCACAAGGGUCAAGGCACCACGUGGGAUGUCAACCUUCAAGCACACCUCGCACCUCUACCUGCAUCUGGCAGUUCGGAGAAGGUAUGGACAAAGAUCACUGACACGUCGCUCAGACAUGUUUACUGGACAGCAGCGCAGAUGGUAGCACACCACACUGUUACGGGCUGCAACCUUCGACCUGCCGAUACUUUCGCCACAGGGACUGUGUCCGGGCCGUUUGAAGAGCCGUACAGCGAAGCAUCCCUAAUCGAAGCGUGCAAAGCGGGGCGUCAGCCUAUCCCUCUCAAAACAGCAAAAGGCGGAGAGGUACAGACCAGGACGUUCUUGAAGGAUGGCGAUGAGGUAAAGAUCACCGCUUCUGCCUACGAUCCGGACUCGAAACUUCACAUCGGUUUCGGCGAGUGCACAGGUCAAUUAUGGCCUGCCGCGCAGCUCUAG